GUGUAGAGGGGUUGAAGGUGAGAAGGACGGGGUCUCCUGCAGAGGGGAGAAGGAGACGUUGCAGGUCGGGCAAUGGUGGGUGUAGCACGGAGAUGGGGUCCCUCUCCUUUAGACUUACGCUAUUCGUUUGACGCACACAUGGACGUGCGCCUCUCCAGCGGAGAGGAACUGGACCGUCCACAAAGUGUUCAGGUGAAGAGGCGUAACGAGCUUGGUUUCAUCAAGCUCACUAGAUUGGUGGAGAUCUCCACCAACUUAAGAUUGAUUCGUUGUCAGUGGAGGGGUUCAGGGUAUGUUAUGCCAUGGGAGGACGAUGAGGAGGAGGCAAAGGAGGUUAUUCCUCCGCCUCGUGACGAGGGUGUUCGGCCAGCCGACCGAGUCAUUGAGGCGCAACGUGGAGCAGGCCGUGGGGUGAGGGGCACACAGGUGGUGCAAGCCGUGAUGGUGGAGGACGGACGAGGCGAGAGUCUGCAUCUUCCACUCGUAUUGUGCAUUGGGAUGAUGAGGGUGCCGCAACAGCACAGGUUGCUGCCACGUCGGGAGAGGUUGUCGCCUCAUCGGCAGAGGUUGUUGCCGCGUCUGCAGAGGUUAGUGAACGCGUCUACACAGGCUACUGCCACGUUUACAGAGGUUGGUGGCACGUCUGCGGAGGUUGGGGGGGCGUCUGCGCAGUUUGGUGUCAGUUUCAGUGAUGACAUUUUUGGUACGUCGUUAGGGCUUCCUCCGACGCCGGCAGGCGAGCGUGGUAGUGGUGGUGUGGACGUAGAGGCUACGCCCAUCAGUCAGAUACUUAGAGAGCGGAUGCGCGAGACAGGGGAUCAUGGUGCAGGUCAUCGUACGACGGAGGAUGCAAAGGUUGAGUGUAGCCCUGAGGUCGGCUGGGAAGCAGGUGACAGACCUGCAUCGGCAGUUCAAAGUAUUUACACUAGAGCUUUGUCGGGGGGGAAUUAGAACGGCAGGCAAUGCAAUACCCAUUGCGGGCAGAUCGACGCGGACGGAUGGAUGAGGCGUCGAGGAGGGUCAUGGCAGAGGGCCCAACUUAUGU